CCGAUGGAAAACACGUUUUAGUGAUCAGGAAGCCACAGUAAUGAAAUAAUCGUUCAUACUUUGCAAAUUUGUUGUUAAAAAAUUACCUAAAUGGAAAUGAUGUUUCAAAGAAUAAUGUUUAUUCUGGUUUUAUGGCCAAGCAGCACAUUACAAGUUUCCGAUAAUAGUUCAUUGACAUACGUGGCAGGAAUUGUAGAAUAUAGCCCUGUUGUUACUUCACCAAACGAAGAAAAUUUAGGAGAAUUGAAUGCAAAAAAUUACUUGAAAAUUUUAGCUACAGCUAUUACGUAUAAUGUAGACAUAAUCGUCUUCCCAGAAUCUAGUCUUUCGAUUAGCACAGCGAAAAAUGAAACAGUCAGACGAAGUCAGGGUGCAUCCUACAUUCCAGACCCAGCCGAUAAAAUUAGCCCUUGCGAUGACAAAUCUGAAUCUUACGAAUAUUCACUAAAGGCUAUAUCAUGUGCGGCAAAAGAAUAUCAAAUUUACGUACUAAUAAAUCAUCGCGAGAAGGUCAAUUGCACUUUCGGACAAGGCUGCCCGACUGAUGGUUUCCUCAUUUACAAUACGAACGUUGCUUUCGACAGGAAGGGUAAAGUGAUCGCAAGGUACCGAAAGUAUAAUCUUUUCGGCGAGUACGAGAAAAAUAUUUCUGAGGCGAUACCCACGACAUUCGACACGGAUUUCGGUGUAACUUUUGGCACUUUCAUAUGCUUCGAUAUACUCUUUCAAAAGCCUACAUUGAACUUGACCCAUGAUCUUAAAGUCACUGAUAUACUCUAUUCGACACAUUGGUUCUCUGAAAUGCCUUAUCUUUACGCUAUUGAAGCACAGGCUGCUUGGGCUUACGCUAAUGACGUCAAUUUUCUCGCAUCAAGUUAUAACUAUCCAAAAACCGCUAGUGGAGGUGCAGGUAUCUAUAUAGGCAAACAAGGGCACGUAGCAGUGAUAUCAGAAAAUAAGCGGUCCAAUAUACUUGUUGUAGCUGAAGUCCCAAAAGUAAUCAACGGAAAGCGAACGCAAAAUGUGAAUAGAGAUAGCGUGCAAAUUUAUGAGUUUUCAAACGAAGAAAUAAGCACUAGUGAAAAUGCCAAUGAUCAAGAAUGGCGUUAUAUAACAGAUGAUUUAUCCGUUUAUUCAACGGAAUUGAUUGAUAUCAAACAAAGAAAUUACAAUAAGACCAUUUGUGAUAGAGGUUUUUGUUGCAAUUUUAAAGUGGAAAUUGCGUUUGAUGAAACAAGUACUAAAAAUAAUUCCAACUAUUACCACUAUCGAUUUGCAGUUUUCAAUGGAACUCGCACAUUUAACGGAGUGGCUACAGGUGGAAUCAAAACUUGCGGAAUAAUCGCCUGCAUUAACGAUACUCUUAAUAGCUGUGGACAUCUUUUUGAUAUCAAGACUAUUACACCAAUAGCUUUCACAACCUUGGAAAUAUCAUCGUUUAACAAGACCAACGAGAACAUUUUUUUCAUGCCUAUAACUUUAUAUAUGCCUAUAACUUCGCAAAAACUAGUUCCACUCAAUGUAACAGACUUCACUUUUAUUUCAACUAAUCCAGGCCAAUAUUCCACUUAUCAUAUGGCAUUAACAAAGCCAGUUAAUAAUUUACAGACGUUUGCUAUUUACGGCCGUGAUUUUUCUAAAGAUGGUACUGAAAUUACUCCUAAUAAUUCAAACAUACUUACAAUUUCACCAGUACUUCUGUUGGCAAUUAUUGUUGUUAAUUAUUCCUUUUUUUAAAACGGUUAUAAUUAUAAAUUAGAACUAAGCAAUGAAUAACUUUACAAGCGUAUUGUACGAUAAUGCGAAAUUAAUAAUUUUUAAGUUGAUGCAAUAUCAUGUUUUAUUAGAAAUUGUAUUAGAAUCAAAUUAUUAUUCAUGAAAUAGCCAUGUCAUUAGCGAUGUUUUUUACCAACCAAAUUAAAUUUUUCCAAGAGAGCACAUAGCAAGUUGAAUUUGCAUUUUCAUACAGAUAAAUUUUUCUUAGUAUUUCGUUAAUAUAGCCGUAUAAUGUUCGAUGUUGAAUCCACUUACUUUUGAAAAAAAUGCGUCUUUAAUAAUUCAGAUAAAAGUUAGAUUAAAGUAACUGGUUAUAGUUUAUGCAAAAUACUUAUUCAUUUAAAUGAUGUACAAAUUUUACCGAGAUGUAAUUACUAAAAUCAAUUGAAAAUUAAAAUACACUUUUUUAAAAGUAAUUUUUUUAUGUUUAUCAACAUUUUUUAUGAAAACGAUAUAUAUUUCGCACCUCUGUUGAGGAAAAAUUCUUUCUAGAACAAGAGAAAUAUUUGAAUAUAUUACAAUAUACGAAAAUUGUCAAAGGUUACUCUUUAUACUACAUUAAUUUUACUCAAUAUCUUAUCAAGUAAUAUA